AUGAGCCUCGUCGCGAAGACGGGAGGUAAAAUCGCCCUUGCCACUGAAACGGACAUCCAGAUGGGAAUGGGGUUUCCUCCGCUGAGGAUGGCCUUGGCUCACGGUCUGAAGCCGUCUCUCAGCAUCGACACGUCAAGCGCCGCGGCGCCAGAUCUGCUCUCGCAGAUGCGGCUUCAGCUGCAGCUACAGCGCAGUCUGGACCAUCAUGCAGCUCACCUCGAACAUCGCGUUUCCAUGAAGAUGGACUUCGGCGUCCGGGACGCUCUGAUAUGGGGAACGAGGAACGGCGCCGAGGCCGUUGGUCUCGGCGACCAGAUUGGCACUCUCACCCCCGGGAAACGGGCCGACAUCGUCGUCAUCACGAGCAAACGAGCACUCAGUGGCUCGGCUUUCCCGUUGGGUACGGCUGUUCUGCACUCGAGCCCGGCAGAUGUUGAUCUUGUCAUGGUAGAUGGACGGAUUCUGAAACGAGAUGGUGCCUUGGUGGGGAUUGAUGUUGACGCCAUCCGCGCAAGGGCGAGAGAGGGAAUGAGACGUAUCCAGGCCAAUUUGAAGAAUCUCAGGCCGGAAAUGAGCCCCGAGGAGAUUCGAGAGUUCUUUCUUCAAGGAGAAAAGGCGCACCGCGUCAAUGUUGCAAACGCUUACGCUCAAGGAGGUGAGGUGUCGGACUAUCUGAGGCCAUAA